ACUUGAAUUAACCUGAUAUACUUCUAAAAACAUUAUCAGGGGUAUCGCGUUAGUGUUUGAACAUCUCACUCGGAAGAAGAGGACGGGAAAUAUCAAUAUAAUUACACGAAACACAGAUUAUAUAUCUGCGUGAAACUCGCCGCAUCGACGCUGCUGCAGCCUGAUAGAGAAAGGACUAUACCAACUCCGGCAUGGGGGAGGGGUUACCUGAAUUCAAAUUGUAUUCACUGGAAAAACUAGAGCUACAAACAGCUCGUUUACGGUGAUACAAUUGAAAGUGUUGUUUAUUUUUAAUUAAAAGGUCUCCGAUAUGACAAUUUCCUUUGCGGUUCAUAUUAGAUGAAUUGUUAAACCGCGCUGAUCGGUUUGUAUUUUGUGAUUGGUAUAUUCCUCGUCCUGUGGGAGACAGACCCGUUCAGACACUGAGGGAGAGCAGAGAGGAGAUCUGAAGAGCAGAAAGGACACAUUCACUGAGGAGACGGUCAGAGCGAGUGACUGGAGCACUAGAGCCGUGCUGCACAUCCCACUGACAAUACCUGAAGACUGCUUUAUCCUGGUGAAAGCCAAGGAACAAAAAUGGAGUCUGUUUACAUUAAACAGGAGGUGGUUCUGGAAUUGGUACCUGUGUGCAUUAAACAAGAAAUGCCUGAACUGGAGCCUGUCCACAUUAAAGAAGAGACUGAACUGGAGCCUGUCCACAUUAAAGAAGAGACUGAACUGGAGCCUGUCCACAUUAAAGAAGAGACUGAACUGGAGCCUGUCCACAUUAAAGAAGAGACUGAACUGGAGCCUGUCCACAUUAAAGUGGAAGAGACUGAACUGGAGCCUGUCCACAUUAAAGAAGAGACUGAACUGGAGUCUGUCCACAUUAAAGAGGAAGAGACUGAACUGGAGCCUGUCCACAUUAAAGAAGAGACCGAACUGGAGCCUGUCCACAUUAAAGAAGAGACUGAACUGGAGCCUGUCCACAUUAAAGAAGAAGAGACCGAACUGGAGCCUGUCCACAUUAAAGAAGAGACUGAACUGGAGCCUGUCCACAUUAAAGAAGAGGAGACUGAACUGGAGCCUGUCCACAUUAAAGAAGAGACUGAACUGGAGCCUGUCCACAUGAAAGAAGAGACUGAACUGGAGCCUGUCCACAUUAAAGAAGAGACUGAACUGGAGCCUGUCCACAUUAAAGAAGAGACUGAACUGGAGCCUAUCCACAUUGAAGAAGAGACUGAACUGGAGCCUGUCCACAUUAAAGAAGAGACUGAACUGGAGCCUGUCCACAUUAAAGAAGAGACUGAACUGGAGCCUGUCCACAUUAAAGAAGAGACUGAACUGGAGCCUGUCCACAUUAAAGAAGAGACUGAACUGGAGCCUGUCCACAUUAAAGAAGAGACUGAACUGGAGCCUAUCUACAUUGAAGAGGAGUCUAUUCACUUGUUGUUUAAGGGUUCAGAAAAUAUAUACCGGCCAAAGAUAUCACAUCAAUGUACUGGAUAUGAAAAGAGCUUCAGUCAGUCAGGAAACCUAAAAAUACACCAGCGAAUUCACACUGGAGAGAAGCCGUAUCACUGUAGUGAAUGUGGGGUGAGCUUCACGGUGUCAGGAAGCCUAAAAAUACAUCAGCGAAUUCACACUGGAGAGAAGCCAUAUCACUGUACUAAAUGUGGGGUGAGCUUCAGUCAGAUUGGAAGCCUAAAAGCACACCAGCGAAUUCACACUGGAGAAAAGCCUCGUCACUGUUCUGAAUGUGGAAAGAGCUUCAGUCAAUUAGGACACCUAAAAUCACAUCAGCGAAUUCACACAGGAGAGAAGCCAUAUCACUGUAAUGAAUGUGGGCAGAGCUUCAAUCAGUUAGGAGUCCUAAAGAGACACCAGCGAAUUCACACUGGAGAGAAGCCAUAUUACUGUUCUGAAUGUGGGAAGAGCUUCCGUCAGUCAGGAGACCUAAAAGCACAUCAGCGAAUUCACACUGGAGAGAAGCUGUAUCACUGUACUGAAUGUGGGGAACGCUUCAGUAGGUUAAAAGACCUUAAAAAACACCAGCAAAUUCACACUGGAGAGAAGCCGUAUCACAGUACUGAAUGUGGGGAGAGCUUCAAUCAGUUAGGUGACCUAAAAAGACACCAGCGAAUUCACACUGGAGAGAAGCUGUAUCACUGUACUGAAUGUGGGGAACGCUUCAGUAGGUUAAGAGACCUUAAAAAACACCAGCAAAUUCACACUGGAGAGAAGCCGUAUCACAGUACUGAAUGUGGGGAGAGCUUCAAUCAGUUAGGUGACCUAAAAAGACACCAGCGAAUUCACACUGGAGAGAAGCUGUAUCACUGUACUGAAUGUGGGGAACGCUUCAGUAGGUUAAGAGACCUUAAAAAACACCAGCAAAUUCACACUGGAGAGAAGCCGUAUCACAGUACUGAAUGUGGGGAGAGCUUCAAUCAGUUAGGUGACCUAAAAAGACACCAGCGAAUUCACACUGGAGAGAAACCAUAUCACUGUACUAAAUAUGGGGUGAGCUUCAGUCAGAUUGGAAGCCUAAAAGCACACCAGCGAAUUCACACUGGAGAAAAGCCUCAUCACUGCACUGAAUGUGGAAAGAGCUUCAGUCAAUUAGGACACCUAAAAUCACACCAGCGAAUUCACACAGGAGAGAAGCCAUAUCACUGUAAUGAAUGUGGGCAGAGCUUCAAUCAGUUAGGAGUCCUAAAGAGACACCAGCGAAUUCACACUGGAGAGAAGCCAUAUUACUGUUCUGAAUGUGGGAAGAGCUUCCGUCAGUCAGGAGACCUAAAAGCACAUCAGCGAAUUCACACUGGAGAGAAGCUGUAUCACUGUACUGAAUGUGGGGAACGCUUCAGUAGGUUAAGAGACCUUAAAAAACACCAGCAAAUUCACACUGGAGAGAAGCCGUAUCACAGUACUGAAUGUGGUAAGAGCUUCAGUCAGUUAGGAAGCCUACAUAUACACAAGCGAAAUCACACUGGAGCCAGCCUCCCUCCCUCUCAGUCCCUCACCUCUCCACCCUGCUUGUUUGAGUGUGUGGAGAGCUGACUGAUUCCUUGUCUCUCUCUCACCCUGCAGUAAAUGAAAGGGGUCCCCAGGAGUGAGAGCCAGCCUGAAUCCAGAGACACUGAGAAGGGGAGCGUGUCAAACUGAAGGAGACAGACCCAUUCUUUCAGAAUGAACUGGACAGCCCUGGGAUUCAGCUCCACUCCUGCCCCUGAAUUGGAAAUGAAUCUCACUCAUCAUGCUGUGAGGAUUUAGGACAGUUACAGGGUCAUUCUACUUAAGGGACACAGUGGAAAUAUGCCAAGCUUUUUCUUUGAACAAUUAUAUGUGUGAUAUAAACCCAACACAUUACACUCAGCUGCCAAUAACAUUUAUGAUAUUUUUAAAAUGUAAUUUGAGCUAUAAAUGGCAUUACUGUUCCAAUGUCAGUGAUUACAGUAUACAAUACAUAAGUGAAUUGUUUAAAAGCACCCAAAACUAAGAAUAUCUUCAUGGGUGUGGCAGCAAUGUGUGCUUCAUCUAACUAGUAUGGCCUCUAAGCUCUUGCACCAGUGCAGACACAAGCUGGAGCAACCUUGUGUUUUUUGUUUUUAUUUUAGGUGGUGCAAACUUUGCACUGGAGCAAAAGCUGUUUUGGUUUUGCAUGAAUUUGAAUGAAUGAAUCUGCUUUGCUGAGUGUUUAAAUACUGAGAAACUCCAAGCUUACUGUCUACUGGAGCCCUGCUUCAGUGCAAUGAGAUUGAAAUACAAUGUGUAGAUUGUAUAUCCAAUUAUUGUGACAGACCACAAUAUUAGACCUGUAUAAAUAUAAUACUGUAAAACAUGAAAGGUGAGCAAGCAAACAAUUUUCACUAAUGUUACAUUUGUUACAAAUCUGCAGAACCUACAUGCAGCAACAUUACCAUCAUUACUACAUUCAUAGUUUAUACAGUUUAUGAAUAAUUGAUCGAAACAAUCUGCAGAAUGAAGUUGCCUCAGACUGUUUGACAGUAACAGAGCUGGUGCUUUUGUGGAAUCACCAUUAGCUGUUUUAUUCUUUUUGGCUUGUUUGUUUGUAUUUUGUAUCGGUAUGCUAUCAUUAGAGUGAUAACACCUGAUACAUCCUGAGGCAAGCUUAGCUAUUUAGAAAGGGUUUCAUUAAAAUUGAAUUUCCUGUACAUUUUCCAGUAUCUCUGUAUAUAAAGGGCACAUGUUUCCAUUACCUCUGUAUGUAAAAGGUUUCUCAUUUUUAAACUGUCAAUGAUUCCUGAGAGAGAUCUGCAGUGGAACUGAACAAACCCAAGGGAGACAUUGAAAAAUACAAGCUUGUCAAAGGGGGAGAUGCUGCUGCAGGUUUGAUCAUACUGGCUUCAUGAAAUGAGAAAAGGAAUUCCCUCUGUGUCCUGGAAUUCCUUUGCUAGUGUAUCAUGAUGUAAGCCCUGGAGUGUGGGCUCAGUCUUCAUGAAAUGAGAAAUGGAAUUCCUUUGCUAGUGUCUCAUGAUGGAAGCCCUGGAGUGUGGGCUCAGUCUUCAUGAAAUGAGAAAUGGAAUUCCUUUGCUAGUGUAUCAUGAUGUAAGCCCUGGAGUGUGGGCUCAGUCUUCAUGAAAUGAGAAAUGGAAUUCCUUUGCUAGUGUCUCAUGAUGUAAGCCCUGGAGUGUGGGCUCAGUCUUCAUGAAAUGAGAAAUGGAAUUCCUUUGCUAGUGUUUCAUGAUGUAAGCCCUGGAGUGUGGGCUCAGUCUUCAUGAAAUGAGAAAUGGAAUUCCUUUGCUAGUGUAUCAUGAUGUAAGCCCUGGAGUGUGGGCUCAGUCUUCAUGAAAUGAGAAAUGGAAUUCCUUUGCUAGUGUCUCAUGAUGUAAGCCCUGGAGUGUGGGCUCAGUCUUCUCUGCUGCCUGCUUGUUCUCAGUGUGUGAGUUCAGCUGCAUUUCCAGUGUCCUGAGCUGGGCUUUGAACCCACUGGAGACGCAGCUGAGAACAAGCCAGACCCACGACUUGUUUUAGAUCAAAUAAGAUAAGAAACCUUAUACACAGAACUCUGUUUUAUUGAUGUUUUUUCUAUGAAUGUAUUACUUCGAAUCUCUUUGCAUUGUGUUGCAAUUUAGACAUUGUCACAUUUCAUAUUAAAAAUCACAGCUAAGUCUGUUAGAAAUAGACUACAGAUAUGACCAGAGGUUUUGCCUCACUCUAUAGAAUGAACUAAUUUUGCUUCAUAAAGUUGAAUGAAACCUGCUGAAUAAUGUUACGUUAACAUAUUGAAUCAAACACCGCUUUGUAGUUUUCCAUUUACUUAAUGAAAAACUGACAAAUUGAAAAACGUGACAUUUUGGAAUCUAACAUGAAAUGCAGUACUAGUAUUUUUGGCUUCUACUAGAGUUUUGUUAUAUAGUUUUGUAGUUUCUUUGAUUUACAUGAUGUUAAAUAAAAUAUCUAAACUAUGUCCAUAUGUUUUGUUUUAAUGCAUUUGAGUUGAGAAUCCUAAACUUUUACGUUUUAACUACGGCUAUGAACAAAAGUUUUGCAUCACCCGAUAAGAUGAAAUAAUUUUGCUUCAUAGUUGAAUGAAAGCUGCUGAAUAAUGUUACAUUAACAUAUUAAAUUACACACUGCUUUGUGUCUGUAUGCUUAAAAAAGCUGAGAAAUUGAAAUCUAACAUGGAAUACUGUACAAUGAUGGCUUCCAGGAGACUUGCGAUCUCAUUGUGUAGUUUAAUUGAUACUUCAUGAUAAAUAAAGUAUCUAAAUUAUGUUUUCUUUUAAUUGUCUCAAUCCUAAAAUUCUAGGUGAUGCUAAACUUUUGUCCGACCUGUACAUAUAAAUCAGCACUGCCAUUAAAGUAGAAUGUUUAAAUCUUUAUAUAUUGUGUGUCGAUUGCAUUCUAUCAGACAGUGUGAAGUGUAGAUGAUGCUAUUAAAAGAGAACACCUUUACACAUUUCACUAUUCAGAAGCCACUAAUAAACUUUGCAUUGAUUUUACACUGAA